AACGCCAACGCGAGAGAUCAAGAACAUGGCGGCGGUGACAGGCUGGUGACAAUUUGAUAUGGGAUGGGCGUCGCGUUGAACGAGGGAGAGCGCAGAGCCUUUUUUUCCCGUCGUGAUGAUAAUGAAUGGUGAUACCACGGCGUAUAAACAUGGCGAUCAUUUGAUAUCGCAGUCGUCUUCCGAUUCGCGAGUCUCGCUGCUCAAGAUCGUGCGGGGGUAAGGUAGGUAGGUAGGUAUACAACGUUCUCGUCUCGUUUGGUCAUCGUGGACGCACACGCCCGCCCGUGGAAAACGUCGGGAGUUUCGCAUCAUCAUAAGGAUCAUUCUCGUCAUUUUUUCCCGCGGCAUCAUCAAGAAGACCGGAUAAAAAUGGCCCGGGAAUACGAUCAUCUGUUCAAGCUGCUUAUCAUUGGAGACAGUGGUGUAGGUAAAAGCUCGCUACUUCUGAGAUUCGCCGACAAUACUUUCAACGGCAGUUAUAUAACUACGAUAGGAGUGGAUUUUAAAAUACAAACCGUGGAGAUAGAUGGUGAGCGAGUAAAGCUGCAAAUUUGGGAUACCGCUGGGCAAGAACGUUUCCGGACAAUAACUUCAACUUACUACAGGGGAACACACGGCGUUAUAGUUGUAUAUGAUGUGACCAGCGGUGAUACAUUUGCGAACGUUAAGCGAUGGUUGCAUGAAAUCGAACAGAAUUGUGAUGUGGUUAACAGGGUACUCGUAGGAAAUAAGAAUGACGCACCUAAUCAGAAAGUGGUGUUAACGGAGGAUGCACAAAGAUUCGCCAAUCAAAUGGGAAUACAGUUGUUUGAAACCUCUGCCAAGGACAACAUUAAUGUCGAGGAAAUGUUCAUGGCAAUAACGCGGCAAGUGUUGCGGACCAAAAAAGAGCGCAAGGAGCGGCAAGCCAUACAAACCAACGAGACAGUUAAUCUGAGGAAAAGCACAAAACAGCAUAGGAAAAAAUGUUGUUAGCGAGCGUUGUAUAAGCAUGCUACUCCCUAUUCACAAAAUAUUAUUUGAUACGAUAAUUAGGACAGAAUAAAACAGAGAGCAUGUGUUAGUAUCACUAGCGGACAUGAGACGCUGGAAACCCUGAUAUUUUCUAACACCAACUUUUUUGUGAGUUUUGUAUUCCAAUUAUGAUACCUAAGAUUGUAUGCUAACUAAAAAAAAGAUGGUAUACACUUUUGAUGUUAGUAGAUAUCGUAUUUAAAUGUCGAGUCAGAAUAUCGAGCGAGCGCAUAGGGCUUAUUUAGUAAAAACGAUUGUCUAUGUGACAUUCCUUUCGGCUUUCAUGUGCUGCGUUUAAGAACAAAGGCCUAUUCAUUUGUAACAAUUAUGAAAGUAACUUAUCAUACAUAUACACAUGCAAAUAUUAAAAAUUAUUGUCACAUAAACAUACGCGCGUUUCGUAUCACGUAAUUGUUAAAUAAAACGUAACUAAUGAACGCUCCUUCACAAAAUACAUCUUUCGCUAAUUUUUCCAAAGCCAUUUUGGUCAUUGCAUAGAAUUUUGCUGCAUUUUCGACUAUGAGUUACCAUAUUUUAAAUAAAUUGUAUUUAAAGUGAGUAGGAUUAAAGUUUCUUGAACAAACGAGCAACGGAUAUUAUUAGCUAAUCCAAAUAAUUUGCAUAGAACGUUUUAGUAAAAUUAAGGAUCCUGUAUAUAUAUAGUUUGAUGACGCUUUCAGUGCACUCUAAAAGAUACGAUCAGACAUUAAGGCACAAUUGAAUGUAUUAAUUGAUUGAUAUACAAAAAAGACUGCAUACUGUUUAAAAAUUAUUAAAAAACUGCUUGGUCAUAUGAAAUUUGAUAUACUUCCUACUGUAUUCAAAAGACUGUCGUAACAAAUUGAAAACCAAUCGCGAUUUGAUUUACGAAAUUUACACAGUGAGCAUAAUUUAUAAUUUUCUCUUCCGACUUUCAUAUCUAAUGAAAUUACAGAUGCGAUUUUCUCUGAUUAUUGAAAGUGAUAAAUUUUCUCCAGUAAAAGAUAUAUAUGCUCUUUAUUAUAUACUUUCGAGAUAUCAGAAUACGCAGUAUUUAGUUGGGCGCAUCAAUAAAAUAUUAAACAGUAUUAUAUAUAUAUACGUCACUUUUUAAUUUUAUAUACGGUCUAAUGUAUGUCUAUAUGCAUAAUAGCGGCUCUAUAACGAGAAAAAGAAAAAGUUUAUAUCUAUGCGUCCGAAAUUUAUAUAUACUCGGAGAGAGAUAUCGCAGAAAAGUACUUUAAAUUGUCCAUGCAUUUGCGGCGAACAUACACACACGCCCAUAUACACACAGUUAAAUAUUUAUUGCAGAAGGGUAGAUAGCAAGACGAUAAAAUACGAAUGAUGAUCGGUCAUGUCCAGCUAUGACAGAAGCUGUCUGUAUUAAUCUGUGAUAAUAGUUAAGAUAAUGUCGCCAGCUGCCACUGUGUAAUACUGCUGCAUGUACCUACUACCUCCCCCCCCCCCUCUUCCCUUCCCCCAUUAUAAUUAUUGUAAUUAAUAUCAUUAGCCAUUGUUUCUCUCUUCUUCUUUUUUUUUCUUUCCUUUAGUAUCAAUUACAUAUCUCCCUUAGAGGCAAUAAAGCGGCAUCCUACAAAAUGUGUACAUAUUAUCUACUUGCCAGUUUUAGUGGCAUAUUAUUCAUGAAGUAUUUCAAUCGAGCAUAUUCAUCUUGUUUACUAUUGUACAGUUACGACGUUGUAAUAUUAUUAUACAUACUACGAUUAUAAAUAAAUAGGAAUCUACAUGUAUGUA